UAUCCAUGUCCCCAAGUGGAAACCGAAUCUCACAACAUUUCAGUCUCGCGUAGUCCAAAACAGAUGUUCCAUCUUUCUUAAUGUUUUUAUUUAAUUCCAGCUUUUCUCGCUGCCAUAAAUCAAGUCCGGAUUGCCGCUACGCCCACGACGACGAUGAUGAUGAUGUUGUUGCUGAUGACGGGGAUGUUCUGGAUCCAAUUCCCACCCACACGCACGCAGGCUGCCCUCCUCCCUCCCCUCCCUCCCCUCCCAUUGCCGACAGCGCAGCUUCAACACAGUCCCCGUGGGAUAAUAGCAGUAAAUAAAACAACAACACAAAACGGUGGGUGGGUGUAUGCUCACGCAGAGCUGUUGUCUGUCGCGAGUCCACUCACUCCGCCCGCCUGCCGUGUACCUCGUCGCAGUCGCCCUCAAUCGUCGACAGCACCGCGAAGAUCCGCGGCUUCAACAACUCGCUCGGCGGCGGCGUUUGGUUUUUGCUUUUGUGCGUUGCUUCGCCUGCCCAAAACAACUUUCCUCCGACUGCCGGAGUCUUCACGUCGUCUCCACGAAGGCGAGAGAGAGAGAAAGGGCAAGCAGGCGGGGAGCCUUGGCGGCGAUCGUCACGACGAUGCCCGUGGUUCCGCCGUGCGGCGACGUGGCCCUGCGGGAGCUGCCCUCAGCGGCCCCCGCCGUCGCCGCAUCCGCUGCGGCAACGGCGGCGGCGUCCUCGGUGCCCGUGGAGGCGCCGCUCUCCAUGGAGUGCCGCGUGUGCGGGGACCGCGCCUCGGGCUUCCACUACGGGGUGCACGCGUGCGAAGGCUGCAAGGGGUUCUUCAGGCGCACCAUUCGCAUGAAGCUCGAGUACGGGAACUGCGGCCUCAACUGCAAGAUUCAGAAGAAGAACCGCAACAAGUGCCAGUUCUGUCGUUUCCAGAAGUGCCUGAGCGUGGGCAUGUCGCACAGCGCCAUCCGCUUUGGCCGAAUGCCCGCGGCCGAGAAGGAGAGGCUCAAGGCGGAGCUGGGCGCGACGCCGGCCGGCGGGGAGCGGAGCCCACACGACACGACGCUGCUGGGCCUCGCGCACCUCGUGUACGCCGCGUACCUGCGCAACUUCACGCUCACCAAGGAGAAGGCCCGGGCCGUCCUCACGGGAAGGUCCGUGCAUUCGCCCGUGGUGAUCCACGACAUGGAGUCGCUGCAGAGCGCACAGUCCACGCUGCACGGCCGCGCGCGGGACGGCCGCGCCGCCGAGGUCCUCGUGUUCAACCGCUACCAGCACCGCUCGGUCGAGGCCAUCCGCGAGGUCACGGAGUUCGCCAAGUGCAUCCCGGGCUUCCUGGCGCUCAACCUCAAUGACCAGGUGACGCUGCUCAAGUACGGCGUGCACGAGGCCAUGUUCACGCUGUGGUCGGCCUACAUGAACAAGGACGGCAUCCUGGUGGCGCACAGCAACAGCUUCGUGACGCGCGAGUUCCUCAAGUCGCUGCGGCAGCCGUACAGCGGCGUCAUUGAGCCCAAGUUCCAGUUCGCGAUGCGGUUCAACACGCUCGACCUGGACGACGCCGACCUCGCGCUCUUCGUCGCCGCGAUCGUCCUGUGUGGUGACCGCCCGGGGCUGUCGGAUGCCCGCAGCGUGGAGGACCUGCAGGACCACGUGCUGCAGGCGUUCGCGCUGCAGCUGCGCCUGGGCCACCCGCACGCUCCGCGCCUCUUCGCGCGCAGCCUCCAGAAGAUGGCCGAUCUGCGGCAGCUGGUGACGGAGCACGCCGACGUGGUGCAAGCCAUCCGCCGAGACGACGCCGGCAUGGCCCUGCACCCGCUCCUCCAGGAGAUCUACGAGGACAUGUACUGAUGGAGCGGACGGGCCCAGCGGCCGUGGAGGACGGAAGAGGGACAGACGGAGGGGAACGUCGGCCCGACGGUUGGGCGGUAGGGCGGCCGGCCCGUCCGGCCUGGCUUUUUUCGCCGUCUCCUGGAGGCGGUUGUGGUUUUUUUAUAUAUAUUCGCGACUCUUGGUGUUCAAACUGUUGGGAAAAGUUUGGUGGGAUUUGGGGAGAACGUGUCGCUCCAAGGGAUGGUUGGGGAUGGUCAAGAAUAACGAUUGAAGUGGCGGCAGAUAAAUGGAACGCGUUCGAGAGGACGUUCGACGGGAGGAGAUGGAGCGAUGAAAAUCAGCUCGUGUGCAGGCGUUUGGUGGACUGUUGCAUCCCAGGAUAAUGAGAGAUGGCAGCGGGUUUGGCAAGGCCUUCAUCCAGCAGUGUGUUGACCAAGGCUGAUAAUGAAGAUGUUUGUGAGUAGAAUACGUUUUUUUGGAAGAGAAAUACAUUUUUAUCUGUCCUAUAAAAUUUCCAAAUAAGACUUUAUUUAAAAAAGUCACUUUUUCUCAUAAAAACGAGGGAUACGCAGAGGAGAUAUAUGAGGACAUGUACCGACAGAGCGAGGGGGGUCCGUGGGGAAUGGGUGGACAGGAAUAUCCAUCCAAGAUGCAGCAAAGAAAGCAGAUUGACAGGAGGUGCUUGGGUAGCUUCGGGGGAUAACAGUGUCAGAGAGCUGAACUGUCACCACUGAGGUCCUGGGGCUCCAAUCUGGGGUCAAGCCACCUGUGAUGAGACUGGGUUCUCAUUCGUAUUGAAUGUCUCAUUACAGUCACACAAUGACCGCGCAGAAGCUCAUGAUCAUAAACGUAUCACUUCAUUAGUCCAAUUCACGAUUAGUUUGAUCGCCAAAGAUGAAGCACCUCUUUAGCAGGGAGUGUAAGACGGGUACAACACCACCCAUUGUGGAUAAGAGGGCAUUGAAUGGACCUCGGAAGUAGUAGUUACCUUCCAGGGAUAUUUUUUAUGAGGGCUCAGGAUCCGUAUUUCAGCUCCUCGUGAUGUGACUCUGAUAGCAAAUUUGUACUCUUUGGUUCUAUUCGGUAAAGUCAUGUAGGAAAAAAAAUAAAACAACAAAAAUCACGACGU